AUGGCAUACCGGUCUUCUGGAACACUUCGAAAAAUGGUACAGCAAGUUGUCUUUGUUACAGGAAAUGCUAGGAAAUUUGAAGAAAUGACUCAAAUUUUAGGGCCCGAUGUUCCAUUUAAACUAACUAGCCAAAAUAUUGAUUUGCCCGAAUUGCAAGGUGAUAUCAUAGAAAUAUCGAAAAAAAAAUGUAGAGAAGCAUCAAAAUUUGUUAAAGGGCCAGUUGUAGUGGAAGACACGUGUCUCUGCUUCAAAUCUUUGGGCGAUUUACCAGGACCCUAUGUAAAGUGGUUUUUAGCUAAAUUAGGACCAGAAGGCCUGUACAAGCUUCUUGAAGCUUGGGAAGACAAAUCAGCCACAGCUGUUUGCACAUUAGCCUACACAGAAGGAGAAGAUAAAGAAAUUUUGAUUUUUCAAGGAAUAACUGAAGGAGUAAUAGUUGACCCACGCGGACCACGGGAUUUUGGUUGGGAUCCAUGCUUUCAACCUGUAGGGUAUUCUCAGACUCACGCUGAAAUGACACGAGAAGAAAAAAAUGCCAUUUCACAUAGAAAGAAAGCUGUAUUGGCUAUGAGAGAUUACUUCCUAUCAAAACAGUCAUAA